CAUAUAGACAAAGUAAACGACCGGUGAAGCGCAGUAGCAUCCUCGGUCACGUGACAAGAAACGGCUAGUGUCUGGAUGAACAAACGCACCCAAGCCAAUGACAGAAAUGGCCACCACGGAAGUCGAGCACAGACGAGGUCAGCUCGCUGCUCUGUCUAUAGCAGCAGUGGUCAUCGUCGUGGGAGUCCCUCUAUGGUGGAAAACCACUGAAACCUACCGCGCCUGGUUGCCUGUCAGUCAGAUCCAGGAAUUAGCGAAGCUGGAGCUCCAGCUGAGCGCAGAUGUGGAGGUUGUUUUUGCCCGUGGCACCGUCCCACCAGAGCAGCAGAAGAAGAUGCCUCUGACACAGACCCAGGAGGAGGAUCAUGCAGUUGAUGAAGAUACAGCUCUGAAGUACAGGUAUGAGACUAGAUAUCGGACGGCUACGGUCAUGGAGGAGGACGCCCUGAACAAGCCUACGGCGGCGGAGGCAGAUCUGGCUCUGCACAUGCUCAGUGAGAGUCCAUGUGGUUCUCUGGUCAUAUAUGUGAUCCCUGAGUCGUCCUCACAGCUGCCUCAGGAUGCCGACGUGUACAUCGGCCAGCGGCGGACUGCGCUGCUCCGUGUCGUCGAGCAGAUGAGAGCGGCGAAGACACUGGAGCAGCUGCUGCAUCACCUGCAGCCUCAAAUCAAGCAGGUGCUGAGAGUGAUGUCUUUCAGCCGCGCCGACAUCACCGCUGCCCUCAGCGACAGAGUCCGUUUCCACCCGGGCAGCAAAGAGAGCGUUGCUGACAGCAUGAGAGCCUUCAAAUCCAGUCCAGGUUACGAGAUCACAUUCAGCUUGUUAAACCCCGACCCAAAGUCUCACCGGCUGUACUGGGACAUCGAGGGUGCCGCGCAGACCUACAUACAGCCUUUACUCACCAAAAUGUCCCCAGUGGCUAACUUUAGCAUCGACUCUCAGACCUUGCACUAUACCAUGCUUGGCGUGAACCCACGAUAUGAUGCCAGCCGCGGUGCUUACACGCUCAAUGCCGACAGUCUUGCACAUGUCAUCAACCCGGUGGAGGCCAGACUUGGCUCUAAUGCUGCAUCUUCCAACCCAGUGUUGAAUUUUCUUCUGUAUGUCCCUGAUGCCCACCAUUCACCUCUUUACAUCCAAGAUCACCACAAGCAGGAGGUGCCCUCCAAUGCAUUUCACUCUCCCCGCUGGGGUGGAAUUAUGGUUUAUAAUGUGGACGGUUACUAUGAAACAGAGGCAGAGUUCCCUGUUGACAUAAACAUCAACAUGGCUAAAGUCAUGGGGGUCUUCCUCGCGCAGCUUCGACUGUUGUUGGGUGUGCAGUCAUCUCCCCCUCCCACCGGCUUCCUGGUGGCACCGUGCGGCAGUACCGGACUCGCCGACUGGGAGCUGGACCGGCUCAUGUGGAGCCGCUCGGUGGAAAACAUCGCAACAGCGACCACAACGAUCACCUCUCUGGCACAGCUGCUCGACCAGAUAGGCAACAUUGUCAUCAAUGACAACAUCGCAGAACAGGUGUCCAGCGCUGUGGCCUCUCUGCAGCUGGCCGUUGCAGAGCUGGAGGCAGGAAACCUCGGGUUCGCCCUGCAGUUCAGCAAAGAAGCCAUCCUGGCUUCAGAGAAGGCCUUCUUCGAUCCCUCACUCCUCCAUCUCCUCUACUUUCCCGAUGACCAGAAGUUUGCCAUCUACAUUCCUCUCUUUCUGCCGAUGUGUGUGCCUAUCCUGCUGUCUCUGCUCAAAAUAGCUUCCGAGGCUAGACAGAAACGCAGAGAAAAGCAAGCCAAGAAAGACUGAUAGAAAGAAAGGUGGAGAGUGUGAAAUGGGGGGGGGGGGCAUGUUAUGGAGAAACCGGUUUGUUGGUGGCCUUGACAUUUAGAUGCAAAUGUGGGCUCUAAGAAAUUGUUCUUUACAGUGUUUGUGUUUGGGGAUAUUACUCUGUUGGUGGAGAUCAAGAUGGGUGUUUGUUGCAAGAUUAUAUUAAAUGACUACUGGAACUGUUGCUGUACAUUCGAAAGCUUGAAUUCUUGUAAAUGUGUACAACUUUUAUAUAUGAACUCCACUUUCUAAUGUAAAUUAUUAAGAAUAAAAGACUAAAGCUGUAAAUCCCA